CCACCAGAGAUGCUGAAUGGACUUACUUUUUUAUGAUGUGGCAACUUUUCGUCUUGACUAUGUCAGGUUGACAUCAUCCAUUUUCUUUUAAUUAACUGAAAAAUAAUGAAAAAAACAAGAAACAUCUUCCUCAUCCAAUUCCUCCAAAAACGACAACCCUUUCCCUGGCCAUGCCAUCAAAAUCACAUUGUUGUUCAAUUUCGGCAUCAACUUUCGAUUCUUUCUUUUCCAAUUUUGCACUUUCUUCUUCUUACUAGUAUUAUUACUACUCUUCUUCUUAUUCCCCGAAAUAGGAAUACUAUGUUUCAUCAUCGCCUUGCAAUUGCUCGCUGUGUUGCCCGAUAGGACAUCGAAGCUAGAGCUCGGUACAUAGUUGGUGGAGUCGAGCCUGUGAGAUUUGGAGGACAUCGACCACCGAAAUUUGGCUCUAAUCUACCGAUUCCUCUUUGCAAAUUGCAACUCACCGCACUCAGAUUUCCCAUGAUGGAAUCGAUCUCUCCUUCAAUUUCAUCAUAUAGAAUCGAAUUCACAUCAAAAUUGUCCUCCUCAUACCCUCUACCGCCGCACAAUUCCUUCCAAUCGAUGAUUCUCUCUUUGACGCGAAUUGUUCGAUGAGCAAGACAUUUCAUUCACAAAAUAUCCAACAAGAUUGAAGCUUCGCGGAUUGUCAUCAAAAGUUCAUUUUCUAUAAAUUAUUAAUGCAAUUUUGAUUAGCUUCCCCUCGUCGUCGAUAUUGGAUAUGGGUUUAUCUGCAUGGAUUUCCUUCUUUGUUGGUGAGAGAAGCUAGCCCUUGUUCGAUGUAUACAAAAAUGGCGGAUACCAACUGGGAGAAACUCUACCACAUCGUCAUCACUCAUCAAUUUCAACGUCUCCUGAAACCUCCUCUCUGAUGAGAUCCUAAAUCUCUAUGAUUUCUCUACUUCCACCUUCCCUCACGACUCUGCUUUCCGGAUUGUCGUCGAUUCAACCUUCAUAUCCUAGUUUGUCAAGCAUAUAAUACCAGGAACCACAAUAGAGAUAUGGACAUUUAGGUCAUGUGAAUAUGAUUCAUGGCAAAAGCCAAGCUAAGAACAAGCUAAGGGAAGGUUACAAUACUCAACCAUAGACCAGAACCUAGGCAACCCAUCAGGUGUAAUUCUCAGCUUAUCCAUUCUUUUUGUAGAAGUACUCAAUUUAGCACAUAUGUUUUUCAACCAAGCCUUAUCCUUGCAUUUUGGGAAGGUCCAUGCAUAUUGGUUUAGCUGUAAAACUGGAAAAAAAUUCGAGUACCUCCUACUAGAAUAAUUCCAAAGGCAAUCUAGAGAGUUCCACCAGACAAGAACAAUCGAGUUAUCUAUAUCUAAGAUUCAUAUCCCACAAGUGCAAUAACAACAUAUUGUGUUGCGUGGUGCCAUAGUCCCCCUUCGAACAUCCAUUGGCAUAUAACCAUCAUCGGGAAGUGGAACAACAGCAACUACUCCCAACCACAAUACCGUAACCGCUCCACCCUCCCCAUAACUAAUUCGUCCAAUAUUUUAGUGCCGAGAUAGAUGAAAACUUAUUCAUGAAUUUUCCAACAAGACUAUACUCCCAACGCUUGGUGCCUUCGUAAAUACAAAUCUACAUAUACGAUUUCCAGCGAAAUACCAAAUAGUGAAGUCCAACAGUGACUGCCACCAAUGGUGCUAGAGGUGAUGUCCACUAUAGUGUCGGUACCAAAUUUACUUAGCCCUAAGGCCAGGACCGUAUUUCUUCAUGCCUCUUGUAGAACCCUUACUUCGAAAGUGAGGUGCGGUUCUAUUGAAAAAAAGGCCGGUUUGUGGAGGUUGAAGUCCUCAAGUUUCGCAGUUUGGAAAGUAAAGCGUUGCAGAAAAGUAAUUGAUAAGCUAGUUAACAAGCGAGAGAUCAAAGAAGAAAGGCGUUGCAUGUGCAAGCUCCCUCCAAGUCUCCUAAGUCCUAACCAUGUGCCCUCGAUGAUUAGUAACAUAUGAGAUGCCAAUUUCUUAUCUCAUUAGAUCCCACCUUGUGUUGAAGCAUUUGCCCGAACUAAUGGGCAACAAGGACCCUUCGGAUUUCUCCCUUGAGGAAUCACACUGUUUGAUCGAAUGAAGAUCGAUCGAGUAGGACUGCUAUUUCUAUAGUCUAGACCCAUCCAAAAUGACUUGUAUUUCGACCCUUUCACCUUGAAGGAGUGCAAUGUCGUCUUAAGCUCCCAUUUAAAUCGACAAAUAACAAAAUAUAAGAAAUCAAACAUCACACAUAUGAAAAUCAAACAAUCGUAUUAAACCAAAUCAUCUAGUUUACAUGGUUAGAACCCCUAGGGUUCACAUACCUAAGAAACUAAAGAACGUAGCCAGCCAAUGUGAGGGAUUCUUGGGCGUUCAUCAUGGAAACGAAGACACUAGGAGGCCCACUGGAAUCGGUGCCGGGAACAGAGAAAAUAGGCCCAAGGAUGUCAUUUUGGGCGCCGAUUCUCCCUCGUAGGGUGGUCUCAUUCUAAGUCAGAAAGGUUGCUAUAUCAGUAGAGUAACGAGCAUUUCUUGACCUCUCGUCUACUCCUCUCGAACUCUACCUCUAGAGCCCUAUUUAUAGAUCUUCUACAUAUUAUGCUUUUGCGGAGAAAAACUCGCAGCUCUUGCGUCAUCCAGCCAAUCAGAGUGCUCCAAACACGUGGCCAGUGAAUCAGGAUGCUUCGGGAUAACUUCGUAAUGAAGUGGACAGGCUCCCUAAAAGGGCACCGUGGUCGCCCUUUUCCUUAAUAAAAAGGAACUCCUGGCGCCGUUUCACCCAGGCAUCUGGUCUUCGAAUCCUAGCUCCAACAACUUGGUCUGGAUGUUCCCUACGUCUUCCAAGUGGUCCACUAGACUACUUUGCCCUAAAAAUGCACAGAACGCUACCAAAAGCGUAACAAUCAUAUAAAAGCAAUCUUAGGGUUUCUACAACACACUUGAAGCAAUCAUAGUUAUAAUUCAAUGUAUUAUGAUGCUAAUGAUGAGAAUGUAUGCACUUUGGAUCAAAAUACGGGGGGUCUGGUAUAGAUACUUUCACGUGUCAUCAAGAGACUCCACCAAGGAAGCUCACCACCAAUAUCUCACAAAUUGGUAAGCGAAGAAAUUAAUCGAAUAAAAAAAGAAGAGAGUUCAAUGUUUAUCCAUUUACUUUUAUCUUUAUAAAUUUUGGAAGAAGUUUUUAAUAACGAAGAAGUUUAAAAUCCCGACCCUUAUGACCAAAAUAUUCUCCUCAAUUUUGCUUUUGGACGCAUCAUGAUGACUUCCUAUGUGGUUACCUAUCAUUACACUGUUCCAGACUGAGCACGUUUAACUUCAAAGUUCUUACAUGAACUCAUCUAGUUUCACCCCAAAAUGUGUAUUCCUUAUGAAUCAUAGAUCUCUCUCGUGAUUUGUCAAUGUGAGAUUUUCCUAAUCUAUUACAUACACCCCCUUUUGGGCUCAACGUACUCGUUGAGGUUUGCUGCCCCACCAUCACCCAAGAGGGACAUGGAGGUUCUGAUACCACUUGUAACAUCCUGCUUUUUCUGACCAAGAUAUUUUUUGCUUUGGGCAUGUUCCUUCACGGUUUUGCUUUUUGGUGCAUCAUGAUAACUUUCCGUUUGAUCACCCAUUUUUGCACUGCUCCACACUGAACACGUUUAACUUUAGGGUUCUUCCAAUGACUCAUCCAUUUCACCCCAAAAUAUGUUUUCUUAGUUGAGAUUAAAUUUUUAUUAUAAAU